AUUUUAAAAUUGAGUUAUGAUGGCUUAGAUCGUUCUCAAAAGAACAUUUUUUAGACAUUGCAUGCUUGCUAAAAGGAGAAAGAAGGGAUUGGGUAACAAGUCUACUAGAAGCUUGUGGUUUCUUUGCAGUAUCUGGGAUAGAAGUCCUUUUGGACAAAGCUCUCAUUAACAAUUUCAAAUUACAAUGAGAUAAAAAUGCAUGAAUGAUACAACAAAUGGGUCAAGAAAUUGUUCAUCAAGAAUCCAUCAAAGAUCUUGGAAGACAAAGUCGAUUAUGGAAACAUGAUGAAGUGUGUGAAGUAUUGAAAUAUAACAAGGGAACUGAUGAUGUUGAAGGGAUAAUUUUAAAUUUGGAUGCAUUAACUGAGGAUCUGUGUUUGAGCUCUGAUACCCUUGCAAAGAUGGCUAAUGUGAGAUUUCUUAAAAUUCAUAAAGUGCGAUACUGGGACGAGUACAAAUUUAAUUUGUACCUUCCUCAUGGUCUCAAGUCAUUGUCUAAUAAAUUGAGGUACCUUCGAUGGGAUGGAUUUUGUCUCGAGUCUUUGUCAUCUAACUUUUGUGCUGAACAACUUGUAGAGCUUCACAUUUCUUUGAGCAAGGUUAAAAGGCUUUGGGAUGGGGUUCAGGAUCUUUCGAAUUUAAAGACUAUUCGCUUACAUGACUUGCCAGAGCUGAUUGAGAUCCCAGACUUAUCUAUGGCAAGAAAACUUGAACAUAUUUCUCUUUUGGAUUGUAUAAGUUUGUGUGAGCUCCAUCCAUCCAUCGUGUCUCUCCCUAACCUAAAAAUUAUGGGAUUAUUUCGAUGUUCAAAGAUUGAAAUCCUUAAAGUUCAUUCAAAAUGUCUUCGUAUACUUGUCGCCUAUGAUUGUUCAUCCCUCAAGGAAUUCUCAAUUACAUCAAAGGAAAUGGUUUGUUUGAACUUACGUAAAACCACUAUAAGUGCAUUACCGUCAUCAAUUUGGAAUAAUGGGAAAUUUAGUGAUCUUCAUCUAACAGUCUCAAACAAUCUUGAAAGGUUAUCAAAGGAAGGAGGAAUGGGGUCGAUUACAACACUAAACCAUUCCGAGUGCAUGAAGCACAAUGCAUGGAAUAUGCCAUUCUCACAACCACUCCAUCACAACUUUGGCAACUUAUCGUUUUUAGAAACAUUAUGGCCAUGGUUUUAAAUUGCGGUUGUGGUCACG